CUACUUAAAAAGUUAGUGGACGCUGAAAUCGGAGACGUCAUCAAGUUCCUGCUCGAGAUCGAGUCGGAGCCAUCCGUUGCUGUCAUCCGCGACAAGCUCUCAGUUCUUGUAAAGGACGGAUCUCCAUCCAAGCACCGCAGUCUAGUUCGACCAGCGCUACCCAGUCACCAUCCCGUUUGGAGCAUCCAGUACCCGCUGCUCAAAAUUGCUCAGAAUCUGGAGCACUUACAAGGCUCAAGCGCUGAUUCAGAGGCUCCUGCUUCCGGAGCGUACAACCCGAUCCACAUGCUCCACAUUCGAGCUUUCUACGUCGCGCGGCAAUACGUCGAGUCGAACUACAAGUUCCCAGUCGUUGGAGCGUUCAUCUCGCCAUCACACGACACUUAUGUGCGCGCCAAGAAUCGUCGCAAUCCUCGCGAAAUGAUCACCAAGCGACAUCGAUUGGCGCUGAUCGAGACUGCCGUGGCGUCUUCAUCUUGGAUCGAAGUUGACAAAUGGGAGAUCACUCGACGACGAGUGCUCGACUACCUGAGUACGUUGACCCACGUCCGUGAAAUGUGCGAGUCGCACUUCCCGCGGUACCGAUUCCAUGUCAUGUACGUCUGCGGUUGCAACACGGUGGUCAAACUUAGCCACUCUGCCCUGCGAGAUGAAGGCUUCGGGUGCAUUACAGUGUGCCGACCCACACAAACCGAUAUGGUGAUCAAGCACCUGGGGAAGACGCUGUCAAAGACGACGACAAUCGUGGAAGACACAGGCGUUCUACCCUGCGACUUGGAGCGAGCCACGAGCUUUCGAAUGAUGGUAGGGAAACCGGUGUUUCAGUAUUUUAUGAGGCACGAGAUCGGCGAGAAAAUCGCUGGCAAGGUGAGCUGGACCGAGGAGGACAAACAGUGGCGACAGGAAGACCUCACCUAUGUAGAAUACACUGAGAGCUAG